AAACAACCUAACUCGCGGUUCACCUUACAGCUAAAACUUCUAAAAACAAUUUAACCAGCUCGCAUUUUAAACAUUUCUGAAGACCUCAAGAGUCGCUGCUGUGGGCUGAAUGCUUGGCUGAAGCUGAAAAGGAUCCUCUCUACAGCAGUGCCUGUGAUGAGCCACCAUGGUACGCCUGACCAUAGAUUUGAUCGCUAAAUCUAGAAACCACUUUAAGAAGAAAAGGGGCCUCUCCUUCCCAGACUACCUGAAGACACUCACCCACCUCCACUUUUUCAGCAAGAAUAUCGAAGAUAUUGGGGAUCUUUCCAUGUGCAGAAAUCUCACUGUUCUUUACCUGUAUGAUAAUCAGAUCACACACAUUUGCAACCUUGGCUUCGCCUCCAACCUCACUCAUCUGUAUAUGCAGAACAACGACAUCACUCAUAUAGAGAAUCUCUCCAAUCUUCAGAGGCUCUCCAAACUGUAUCUGGGUGGAAACAGGAUUGCAGUGGUGGAGGGCUUAGAGACACUCCGUGAGCUCAAGGAGCUUCAUGUGGAGAGUCAGAGGCUGGCACCAGGGGAAAAGUUGCUCCUUGACCCCAUGACUCUCCGCUCACUCGCUGAUUCUCUUUGUGUCCUGAAUAUUAAUAACAACAACAUCGAUGAUAUCAGGGACCUGACAGUGCUGAAGGAGCUUCAGCAUUUUUAUGCUGCUGACAAUCAACUGCACAAUAUGGAGGAGCUAGAGGACGUGUUCAGCCACUGGCCUCAGCUGCUUCACAUGGAUUUGGGUGGAAAUCCUGUGUGUAAAAAGAAAAAGUACAGAGACCGCCUGAUAACGGUGUGCAAAAGCCUCGAGGUUCUCGAUGGCAGGGAAAUUAAUGAGUUAACUAGACAGUUCCUUAUUAACUGGAAAGCAUCCAAAGAGGCCAAGAAGAAAAAAACCAACAAACAUUUGAUGAGCGGACCGUCGCUCUCCUAUCCCUUAACAAAUGACUUUAACAUGGGUCAGACUCCACGUCCCGGUCACUUCAACAGCCACGCUAACGUGCAGAGGUGGAAGCCGCCGCUGCAGUCUCUCAGGGCAAAAAAAUUAAAGAAACCUAUGAGCAGACUUCUCAAUCAUGUGGCUGUCACAUCGCCCAUCUGCAGUCAUGUGGAUGCUUAAGACAAACCUGCCAGUCCAAAAAAUCUCCACCUCCCUCUGUACACAUGUAGAGCUAACCCAAAGCACCUUGUUCAUCAUUGCAGCUGAUCUUUAUUUUUGUAUAUUUAGGAGGACAGAAAACAGUCACUGUCACCUGCUUAUUAUAAUAUCCACAGCU